UAUAAUAUUGUAGAGAGUGACAUUUCCCAUUAAAAAAAGCAAUUCCCCUCCAGAAAAGAUGUUUUUUGGGGUUAAAUGGAACAGAUUAAUUUCGAUUCAUUCAAAAGUGGAAAAAGGAUUUGAGAUACGAGCAAUCAUUGUCAAGAAAACGUGUAUCUCAAGGCAAAAUGAAACAUAAAAUGUAUCAUGAACAACGAGCUGCCCAACUAAAGUGAAGAACGCAAAUCACAGGAAUUAAGUAGCUAAAUCAACAGGAUUAGUCAUAAAUAGGUGACAGGUCAAAUUUUAGCCUCACGGCUUUUUACAUAAUUCUGCUAAAAUUACACACAUAUGAACAGCAAUGAAAACUAUAUCUCUUGUCCAAUUAGUUGAGAUCUAUAGAAAAGUACUCAGUAGAAUUCAGACUCCAGACAAUGUCAUGAUCCUGCCGCUCCAGCACGAGCUGUGCGGGUGCCCGUGCAGGUGCGCUGAUUGGGAGGUGCACACCUGCGCCUCAUGCAGCCCGAUUAUGCUGUGGAUUUAUAUGACCGCGAUGACAACUGGCCGGCGCCAGUUCGUUGAGCUUCAUGUCCCGUUCGUGUGCUCCGGUAUCCCUGAUCGAACAUGUGUGUACCGACCUUCGUCCGUUCUCCGACCAACCUUGUAAGCCUGACUCCUUCGUUACUUCUGCCUGCUUUGAUUGUUCUCCUGUGUACCGACUCCUGCCUGUCCGCUCACCUGCUCUCUUCGCCCGACGUCCCAACUACCGCUGCAGCACCGGACUGCCUGCUCGAUCCUCUACCUCUGCAUAUAAUAAACGUGUCUCCUUGAACUACCUUGCAUCUUCCGAGUCCUGCAUUUGGGUCCUACUCUCGUUCCGAUGGGUCAUGACAGAACGAACUGGCCAUCACAGGACCCAGCAGGAAAGACCCGGCGUCGCCGGGACCGACACAAGGUAGACCGUCUGCCGAAGGACCAAGCCUGUCCGAUCCGGGUAGGCUCCCUGAUGUCCUCCGCUUACGUGUCUUACGCUCCGCCAGCGAGGUAUGAAUACGUCCCGAACACGACCCGUCAGGCUCCUCAUAUUCUUCUGGACUCUGACUUUUCGGAAUAUGAGGAGGACCGUGAUUUGUAUGACUGGCUGCCGGAGUACGACUCCGAUUAUUCUGAUUAUGAAUCUGCUCGUCCGAUCUUUCAUCCCAGUCAGUUUGUUUCACCUCCCCGCGUUUCCAGCACCCGAGCGUCUUCGCCCGGUAGGUUUAAGUACACCAAUCCGUAUGAGGGAACCCGCUUGGCCAUCUACCCGGGACCUCUGCGUGGCGGCCAGAGGAGACUCCCCUUCCGGGCGCUCCCCGGUGCCUCCCGCUGCGCGGCAACUAAGACAUCGUCCUCCCACUCCUCGCCGACAACGGCGAGACCGGCGGACCCGCAGCUGGUGGCCAAGCUUCCAGCCCAGAGGGAGGAGGAGUCGCCAAAUCACGAGGUGUUCCGCCGCGAAAUGCGGGCAGAGAUAGAGCGGCAGAGCGCGGAAUUGGCGGCUCUCACGGCCCAGGUCCGGCAAGGAUUGGCGAACCAGCCGAGCUACGCUGACGUCGCAACGGCGACGGACUCGCUGCUGAUGCAGUGCACGCUGCAGUGGGAACGGACUCGCCACCUCGUCAAGUGCACGUCACAGUGGGUUUUGGCUGUUCCGAGCAGAGUUCAUGCGGCAGUUGGAACUGACCCGCUCCCGAGACACGCCCACGUGUCAGUUUCGACAGACUCUCUGCCGACUCUCGUUCACGUUGCCUUGGAAACGGAUUCGCCACCGCGCCACGCCCACGUUGCUGUUUCAACAGAUGCACUGCAAGCUCACGUGGCAGUGGGGACCGACCCGAUGCUCCCUCGCGUUGCUGUCUAGGAGGUGGCGACGUCUCCACAGCCGCUUCUCGUCCGUACUCUGGAGUACCAGUGGCAGCGACGGGCACGCCCAUACGUUCCCGUCCAGAAGGUGGCGACGGUGACACUGACGCUGCCUUCUCAUGUUCCUGUCCAGGAGGCGGCGACGGUUCCCCAGCCGCCUCACGUUCCCGCCCAGGAGGAGGUGGAGUCGGUGAUGCUGCCUCCGCCUUCUCACAUUCCUGUCCAGGAGGUGGCGACAGUUCCCCAGCCGCGUCACGCUCCCGUCCAGGAGGAGGUGGAGUUGGUAAUGCUGCCUCCGCCUUCUCACGUUCCCCUCCAGGAGGAGGUGGUACUGGCGCCGCCUUCUCACGUUGCUGUCCAGGAGGAGGCGAAGUUGUCGCCGCCUUCUCACUUUGAGGUCCAGGAGGAGCUGGGGAGUUCUGUGGAGCCACCCUGGAUCUGGAGAGACUUCAGGAUGGCGGUCAUGGCUCUGGUCCUUCUCUCAAUCAUCCUAUUCACUCCAGAUGGCUCCCAGCCGCUUCAUGACCUGGCCUCAUUGGUGACCAAUCCACGGCUGCCUACUGACCAAGCCUCGGUGGCGACCAAUCCCUGGUCGUCUUGCAACCACGGUGUGGGAGGUUCUCGUCCGGAGCAGUGGCCUGCCUUGUUCUGGUUCCUGGUUCGCCGUUUGGUUCCUCACAGAGGUCGUCCGCCCGAAUCGCCCCUU